AUGAAGGGAAGUAACACUAUGAAGAACCUUGAUAAGAAAUUCGUGUACUGCGCCAUCAUGGGAGACGGCAUGGUCGGCAAGACCAGCAUCUCCGAGAGCUAUGCCGAAAAAUCAUUCAAUGAGAAUUCUGAAACCACAGUGUUUGACAACUAUGUCGUUCCACUGCAGGUCGCUGGAGAGGAAUUUGUCAUCAGCAUGUUCGACAACUCAGCCGAGAAACGUUUUGAGAGUCUAAGGGCAUUCUCCUAUCGGGAAAGCGAAGUUCUAGUCCUUUGCUUCUCCACCUGUGACCGGGAGACGUUGGCCAACAUCAAUGACCUGUGGAUGCCAGAACUGAAGAGACAUUCCAAACAUUCCAAACAGAAGAGACCGGUCAUCCUUGUGGGCACCAAGAUUGACCUCCAGGUCGGCAAUGAAGACAGCGAGGUCAGCACGGACGAGGGUGUCCAACUGGCCAAGGACAUUGGUGCUGACUGUUAUGUGGAGUGCUCGGCCCGCGACCACAAGGGUUUGAAGGAGGUCUUUCAGCAUGUUGUCUUCUCCGCUCUGAAAUUCAGGAAGAAGAACACGAACAUUAUCAAGAAGAUUUUCAGACGCAAAAGUGGUUCAUUUACAAGUUAUUAGCAUUUGUUGAAUAAAAAAUGGAAUUCAGUUUCAACUCGAUGCACACGGGGACACGGACUUGAGACCACACGCCAUGCAACUGACGUUUACUGUGUGGGUGCCUGUGAAACAUAUCAUCACUGUGAUACAAACUACUACAUAAUAUCCUUAGUGCUAUAAGAAGUGCU